AACUGUUAGCAUGUAUAUUUUGAAUUAGCUGGAAAACGAGAGUCGCAGCGCAGAUAGUGAUUUGUAUUGCGAAUAAGCAACAAUGUCUUCAGCUGAGUAUCUGAGAGAGUUUGUUAAUGAGAGACUAACUGCUGCUGCUCAAGAAAUAUUCGGAGUUUUUCAUAAAACUAUCGUCGAGUAUGAAGAAGAGAUCAAUCGUCAGCGCAAACUGUUGAUGAAUAUCGUUUGGGAGCCCCCAAAAAAGUCACACAGCAAGGAGCUCCCACAGCAACAUGUGUGUAAGGAGGAGGAGGUUCUCUCUGAGCAGCAGCUCUGUAUUCAGGAGAGGAACUCCAGUGUGGACCAAGAGGAGCCAGAGCCUCCACAGAUUAAAGAGGAAGAGGAGGAAGAGCAUGAGACUGACGCCUCCAUGUUGAUCCCCCCUUAUGAGGACAGUGACCACAGUGAAGGUCAGACUCUGAACUUCAGUCAUGAUGAUGCUCUCAGUGCAGCAGAGGAGGAAUCAGAGUUCAGUGCACCAGGUUCAAGCCCUGUGGUGUCAGAAGAACACAGUUACCACCCGCUCCUCUCUCACAGCUCUCAUGAAGCUGAGAGCCAAGAUCAGGAAGACAGCGAACAUGGAGACUUGGGAACAACUAGUGACGCAGAACCAAAACCAAAGAAAAGACGUCACAAAAGCAAAAAUCAUGAUAACACUGUGAACAACCCGAACAUAUCAGACUUUUACCGUCAUGCUCACACAGGUGAAAAGUCCUUCAGAUGUGAAAAAUGUGGGAAAGACUUUAAUUUUAAGUCAACAUUGUGGAAACACAUGAGAGUCCACACGGCCGAGAGGCCACAUUCCUGCACAAUAUGUGGAAAAGAUUUUAUAUAUAAUAGCCAGUUGUUGAAACACAUCAGCACACACAGGGGUGAGAGGCCAUUUACAUGCAAAACCUGUGGGAGAGCUUUCAAACACAGCUGUGAUUUGAAAAACCACAGAGUCAGAGUCCAGACGAGUGACAAGCCUAUCCUCUGCAAGUUCUGCGGGAAAAGAUUCUGUGCGAUUUCAGUGUUGAAAAAGCAUGAGAGAAUCCACACAGGUGAGACACCAUAUAGUUGUAAAACAUGUGGAAAAGAUUUCAGACUUAAUAAAGACUUGUUGGCCCACAUGGUAACACACACAGACGAGAGGCUUUUUACAUGCAAAACGUGUGGGGAGGAUUUCAAACGUAACUAUGAGCUGACAGUCCACAUGAGAAGAGCCCACACUGGUGAGAAACCGUACUCUUGCAAGUUCUGCAGGAAAAGAUUUUGUGACGUUUCAGUAUUGAAAAGGCAUAUUAGCAUCCACACAGGUGAGAAGCUGUACACUUGUAAAACAUGUGGGAAAGAUUUCAGACAGAAUAGUGACUUGUGGGUCCACAUGAGGAGUCACACAGGUAAGAAGCUGUACACUUGUAAAACGUGUGGGAGAGAUUUUGGAUAUAACAGUCAUUUGUUGGCCCACAUGAGAACACACACAGGCGAGAAGCCGUUUACGUGCCAGACAUGUGGGCAAGCUUUCAUACGUAACUAUGAUUUGUCAGUCCACAUGAGAAGAGUCCACGCUGAUGAGAAGCCGUACCUUUGCAACACCUGUGGGAAAAUUUUUGUUUCGAUAAUUGAAUUGGAAAGGCAUGUAAGCGUUCAUACAGACCAGUAGUAUUCAAUUUGAACUGACACAAGUGAGGAGCCACAUCAUGGCAGCACUAAAAUACCAGAGCAACAAACACAGGAGAAACCAUUGAGUUGAAACUCUUGUGGAGACGUGUUCACUAACUGAAUGAAACAUACUUCUGCUGUUGCUACAUCUCCUUCAAGGGAUAGUUCAGUAUUUUUUAAGUGUGGUUGUACGGGGUUCUUAUCCAUAAUCACUGUGCUACAUACACUAGAUGUCUGUCAGUAUGCCCCCAGAUUGGAGAAAAAAGCAACACAGUCCAACACAGAGGCCAAGCAAUGUACUGCUCUGAAGGAGUCAAACACAAAACGUAAAAAAGCCCCACCUAAAACAAAUCUGUAUCAGUUUAAGUGUACGCUAUACUGACAGUAUUUUCACUGCUUUGUCUUACCUUUCCUUUAGACAGCCUGUUUCAACGGGGAACACCUUCAAUUCCCCAUCUGUGCUCUUGUCAAAGCCACCAGACUCCAUUGAGAAAAAUAGUCACUUUAGCUCACUGCACACAGGAGUGUCUGGACUACUGCUGCCUCUAUCACUUAGUCUGUUUGUGCUAUUGUGUGACUUUGGUGAGUCUGAACUAACCCUUAUAAAUGCUGAGGUCACACAAUAACAAACAGAAUAACCGUUUGCGACAGCAGUAGACCAGCAGCUCCUGUGUUCAGCGAUGUUAAAUCACUGUUUUUCUUAGUGGGGUCUGGCUUUGAAGAGAGCGCUUUAACAGCUUCAUUUCUCACUGGAAAUUACUGUCUGUCAUUAAAAUAUAGCAUACACUUAAACUGAUUCAUUCAUUCAUUCAUUCAUCUUCUAACCGCUUCAUCCUCUUGAGGGUCGCAGGGGGGCUGGAGCCUAUCCCAGCUGACAUCGGGCGAGAGGCAGGGUACACCCUGGACAGGUCGCCAGACUCACUUAAACUGAUAUUAAUUUUAUUUUAAUUGGGACUUAUUUUAAAUACAUUUUGUCACUAACCCCUCCACAGCAGGUCAUUGCAUAGCUUCUGUCAGACUCCAGCCUGCUUCUCCAAACUAGUGGCGUGCUGACUGACAUCUACUGUACAUAAUGCACUCACUAUGGGUAAAUACCCCAUAAUAAUAAUACCACCACAUAAAAACCGACAAUUGUCUAUGUACUAAAAUACAAUAAAUAAAUUCAAUAUAUAUGUUAAAAAGACAAGACAUACCCAACACUACAUUAUGCAAGUUCACAAUACAAUCCCAUUUGCAAAAAUCUGAACUAUCCCUUUAACUUGUAAAAUGCUUUCAAUAAAGAUGUGAUGUCAGUAUAUCUUGCUGUAAAAUUCGCUUCACGUGACUGCACUGCUUACAUUUCUGCUGAAUAUUUCUUGAGUAUUUCUGCGAAAUAACUAAUCGCCUCAAUAAAGGAAAAUGUUAGUAUCAGUGUGAGUGCA